AUGUCAGCCCAGACGAUGGCGCAAGCACGCCAAGUUGUACGCGAGCUCAAUGGCGUCGUUGUGAGCGCCGGGCUCAUGCCGAAAACAGUCAAGGUGCGCGUGGGCGGCCAGCAAUGGAAACAGAAGGUCCAAAAGAUGUUUACGAAACCGAAGAACUACCUGGUCCACGACCCCAACUCGUCCCUCCGCACAGGGGAUGUCGUUUCUAUUGUUCCUGGAUGGAGGACUUCACCCCAUAAGCGCCACGUCGUCAAGAGCAUCAUCGCGCCCCAUGGUAUACCCACUUCAGAGCGCCCACCGAUUCCGUCCGAGGAUGAAAGAAUCGAAGCACAGGUCCGGAAGAGAGAAGCAAAGGUGGCGAGACGAGAGGCGCGGAGGCAGGAGAAGUCUUCAAAGUCGACCCCUGAGCCUGAGGUUGACUAA